CCAAAUAUAAAAAAAGAAGGACUAUUGUUCGCUCACCCAAACUGCCUGUUUUUGGUGUUCGGAGGUUUUUAGGGUUUUGUGAUUUCUCAAACUGCUCGGUGCCCACCAUGACUGCUCAAACACAAGAAGAACUCCUUGCUGCCCUUCUCGAACAACAGAAGAUUGCUCAUGAGGAACCUCUGAUUGAAGACGAAGAUGAUGAUGAAGAUGAUGAUGAUGAUGGCAAUGAUGAAGAUGAUGUUGAAGGUUUAGGAGAUGCAAGUGGUAGAUCUAAGCAAAGUAGAAGUGAGAAAAAGAGUCGGAAGGCUAUGUUAAAACUCGGGAUGAAGCCCAUUCCUGGAGUCAGUCGUGUCACUGUGAAAAAGAGCAAAAAUAUUCUGUUUGUGAUAUCAAAACCAGAUGUAUUCAAGUCGCCUGCUUCUGAUACGUAUGUGAUAUUUGGUGAAGCAAAGAUAGAGGAUCUGAGCUCACAGUUGCAGAGUCAGGCAGCUGAGCAGUUUAAAGCACCAAAUUUGAGUAAUGUGGUGUCAGGCAUGGCUUCUGAGGAGGCAAUAGGGGCUGCUGCAAAUGAUGAAGAAGAUGAAAUUGAUGAGAGUGGGGUGGAGCCCAAGGACAUUGAUCUGGUGAUGACACAAGCUGGGGUUACCAGAUCAAAGGCUGUAAAGGCUCUCAAGGCUGCAGAUGGUGACAUUGUAACUGCAAUCAUGGAGCUUACAAACUAGAAGGAUAUCAUGAGUCAUGUUCACUAUCAUUUUGUUUUGUUUAGAGUUAUUUAUACAUGUAUGUUUGGAGAUUAUGAGAUGGUUAUAUCCUGUUAUGUCUUAUGUAUCGACAGUUGCCUGUUUGUUAACUUUGUGAGGAUGUGAAGAAUGAUAAAAGGAAAUGGUUUGUUUUGCUUA